CAUAACCUCUCUGUUUGUUUAUUUGCACACGUGAGAAAAAUGUCGCUCCUCAGAAUUAAAAAACCUACAACGAGGAAGGGAAAGAAAAUCCUCCUGAAUAGAGAACCGAAACUUGUGGAAAAUGUGAAAAACACACUAAUCUUGGAGGGAAGAAAAUCUUCCGGGAACAUCAAAUCUGUCCUGAAGGAUUUGUAUUUGCUGAAAAAGCCUCAGAUUAAGCGCCUCUCUCGGCAAAAUGACAUCAUUCCCUUUGAGAAUGAGCUUCCUCUGCAGCAGCUGGUGCAGAAAAAUGAGUGCAGCUUAUUUAUGUUCGGAUCAAGUAGCAAGAAACGUCCGGAUAAUCUUAUUUUGGGGCGCCUCUUUGAGAAUGAAUUGCUAGACAUGGUGGAAUUGGGGCUGGUGAAGUAUCGUGGUCUCCAGGAUUUCAAGACACAGAAGAUUUCGUCAAAUGUGAAGCCCUGUCUCAUUUUUAAUGGCCCCAAAUGGACACAGACGGAAGAACUGCGACGUCUCAAAUGCCUCCUUAUUGAUUCCUUCCAUCGUGAAACUGUGAACAGCAUUCGGUUGCAGGGAAUGGAACACGUCCUCAGUUUCACUCUCGCUGAUGACCUGACCCUUUUCAUGCGAUCAUACAGCAUUCAGUUGAAGAAGUCCGGACAGAAAACACCUCGGAUUGAGUUGACGGAAAUUGGUCCUGCUUGUGAUUUUGUCAUAAGGCGGACAAAGAUAGCUUCGGAGGAUCUGUACAAGUUGUCGAAGAAGCGACCGAAGACACUGAAGCCCACAAAGAAGAAGAACCUCUCCAUGGAUGCGUUUGGCAAUAAGGAGGGUAGGGUUCACGUAGGGAAGCAGAACAUUCACAAAAUACAGACACGGAAGGUAAAGGCGCUCAAGAAAACUGCAGAAGAGAGGAAAGCUGAGAAAUCUGCUGCAAAGGCUUCAAAGGGGGAUGAAUAAAAUUAGGAAUCAUCUCAAA